CAAUGUCCACACUGCCUCUGUAGUAUCCUAGAAUUUGUCCUAUCCUAGAAUCCUAGUAUAGUAGUGUCAAGAUGUCGCGAAGCAGCAGCAGAAUGGACAAGGAUAGAUACAGCACUCUGGAAAAACCGCGGAGGUCAACACCCCGAGCUGUUCGACCGAGUUCAAGGCUUAGCGAUCGUUUAGACUCCGGGACUGUCUUGUGCGAUUUCUGCAUGGGAAAGAAGUCUAAGGCCGUCAAAUCUUGUCUGACAUGCCUGGCCUCGUACUGCGAGACUCACCUCUACUCUCACUACGAGUACCCAGCUUUCAUGAAGCACAAGCUAGUGACCGCCACCGGACAGCUGCGGGAGGAAAUCUGCGCCGAGCAUGACAAGCUUCGGGAAGUCUUCUGCCGUACUGACCAGUCGUGCGUUUGUGUCAUGUGUCUAAUGGAUGAGCACAAAAAACAUGACAUUGUUUCCGCUGCGGCUGAGAGGACUGAAAAAGAGAAACAAUUAGCGGCCAAGUUGAUGAUGUCACAGGAGAAAAUCGAGGACAGAGUAAAAAGAUGGCAGGAGCUCAGACAGGCCGUGGAAUCUCACAAGAACUCGGCACAACUUGUCCUGGAGGAGAAUGAGCGAGUGUUCACCGAGCUGAUUCAGGCCCUGCAGCGGCACCAUGCGGAGACGAAGCAGCUGAUCCGCGCACAAGAGAGGUCCGUGGUGGGCCGCGCCGAGUCUCACCUUGACCGCAUGGAAGAGGAGAUCAUGCUGCUGCGCAAGAGGCACAACGACCUGGAGAUGCUGUCACACUCAGAUGACCACAUCCAUUUCCUGUUGAGCUGGCAGUCCCUCUCAGCUGCGUCGGGUUAUGAGGAUUUGACUAAAGUGGCCCUGGCCCCGUCCUUCUCCUUUGAGCCCACCAAGAGAGCCAUUGGUGAACUGAAAGCUCAACUAGAGGAAGUGGGCAAAGUGGAGAUGGCAAAAAUCAGUUCAACAGUAAAUGAUGUACGUAUCCUCCAAACUCUGGAGCCAAGGACACGGGAGGAGUUCUUGCAGUACUCCUGUCAGCCAACCCUGGACGCCAGCACAGCGCAUAAGAGCCUCCGUCUGUCGCGCGGCAACACAGCAGUGAAAAUGACCACCGAACUUAACCCGUACGCCGAUCACCCUGACCGCUUCAACCACUGGCAGCAGGUGCUGUGCACCCAAGGCCUGAUGGGAAAGCGCUGCUACUGGGAGGUGGACUGGAGCGGCUCCGAAGUGGACAUCGCCGUGACCUACCGCGGGCUCGGCCGCAAGGGCAACGGGAACGAGUGCAGCUUCGGCUGGAACGACCACUCCUGGAGCCUCUACUGCUCGGACGCCAAGUUCAGCUUCACGCACAACGGCAAGACCGCCAACAUCCCAGUUCCUGGCUCGAUGACGGUGGGCGUCUACCUGGACCACAGGGCGGGUACGCUGGCAUUUUACAGUGUGGCAGACCCCAUGGUGCUUCUACACAAGGUGCAGACUACCUUCACCGAACCACUCUAUCCUGGGUUUGGAGUGUGGGGUUAUGGCACCACUGUGAAGCUGUGAGUGGCCACAGCUGUGCAUCACUGCAGACACAAGGAUUUGGGACUUAAAAGGUGAUCCGAUGAUGAGUGGGAAUCGCAUCACUAUCAUAUUUUUAUAUAAAAUAUAAUGUAGCUAAUGUUGAAUGUAUACUUAUGUAACACUGCAUCUACCAAAUGCUUUAAUGUUGUUGUUUAUCAUUAUCAUUUAAAAUACAAAACAUGCAUAGUAGGCCAACAGGUGUUAGGCUCAACAGCAAACAUUUCACCCAAAAUAUUGAUAAUUGAUAGUUCACUGCCAUGAUAUACAAUAGUGUCAUAAUACACAGGUUACCCUUUUCACUAUGGAUUUCAAGAUAAUGUCACACAUUAUUCUAGUGACUGUUGAUGCUGCCAUUUUCGGAGUUGAAUAAAGAUUGGCUUCAAUAGGUAAAUUUUGAGCUUUGACAAUUAUGGUCCUCCCAUAGUUGAUGACCAAGUCAACCACUAGGUGGAGCAAGUAGACUACCAUCUAGAGCUGAGUGGAUUGUUGCUAGACUUAGAGGCACUCUUUGUAGUAGGCCUAUUUGUUAAUCACCAAAAUGGUUUCAGACUUGUAACAACAAAGUCAUGAUUCAAAUACAGUGGUAUACAUUUUAAUUCAAAUGUUAUAAUAUAUUCCUCCCUGGAGCAUAAGAACAGAGAACACAUAAACUCGUUGUAUUUUGUUUUAUUUAAAGGAUUAAUGAUAAAACAAUCACAGAUGACUCUAGAAAGUGUUUGCCUUUGAUAAUAAAACGUAGUAAGUUAAUUUGAUAGUUUGUUUAUUUGUUUGAGGGCAAGAGAGAGAGAGAGAAAGAGAUCAAAUGCACAGCUACAAUUUCACUCAGUUUACCAUACUCAAGAACAGAGAAUACAUAGACCUAAAUGCUUUUUGCAUUUUUUCAAGCACUGUUACUUUAAUCAGACAGAUGAGUGUUG